AUGAGUGAGGGGAAAGACGUUGGUAAAUAUGCAAACGAGCUGUCCCAGAAGCAAUCUCAAGUGGCGUCACUUGAUCCUUCGAAGCGCCCCUCGGACAUAACAAAAAAGAAUCGCCUGUUACGACAUUUCGAAUCAGAAUGUAAUGGAUACUAUGGAGGUGUCGUUGCCUUUCUACGAUUAAACACGUCAAUUUCGUUUAGUCAGAGAGUAAACACUUUGAGGGAAACGCAAUCAAGCCUCAAUAGACAAAAGGAGGCGGCGACGGUAGCGCACAUAAGACAGAGAGCUAGGAAUAAUGCUCCCAGGUCAAUUAAGUAUUGUGCUUACUGA